AUGCGCGGCAGUGAGGUGAAGCCGGGGAAGAGCCAAAAGAGCUCGGCGCAGAGGCACAUCAACGCCGGCUUCGUCGUCGCCGGUCUCCUCAUGCUCCUCACCUACCUCGUCGCUCAGCAUUUCGUGGUCGGCGCCCCCCAUGUUGUCCUUACGGAAGCACAACUUAACAUGGAUAAUGUAAAAGCGCCCGAUGAAACAGUGGUCAUUACAGAGGCACAAAAAAUCAUGGAUAAUAUCAAAGCUCCCGGUGAAACAGAGAAUGGCAAGGUGGUGUGUAACAUGGAGGGCCGCUCGGACACCUGCGAAGUCGACGGCGACGUCCGCACCAACGGCACGGCCCUGUCGGUGACACUCGUGCCGGCGAGCCGGUCGGAGCGCCGCGAGUGGAUGAUCCGGCCGUACUCGCGCAGGUUCGCCAGCCUCAGGAAGGUGACCGUGACGCAGCUGGAGGCCCGGGCCGCCGCGGCGCCGUGCACGGUGACCCACGACAUGCCGGCGGUCCUGUUCGCGAUCGGCGGGUACGCGGGCAACUACUGGCACGACUACGCCGACAUCCUGGUGCCGCUGUUCGUGGCGUCGCGGCGGUACAACGGCGAGGUCAAGUUCCUGAUCAGCAACAUCCAGUUCCAGCCCCGGUGGCUGGUCAAGUACAGCGCGUUCCUUAGGGGGCUGUCCAGGCACGACGCGGUGGACAUGGACGGCGACGCGCAGGUGCGGUGCUUCCCGCACGUCACGGUGGGGCUCCGCCUGGACGAGGAGUUCAGCAUCGUCCCCGAGCUGGUGCCGGGAGACCGCCGCCUCACCAUGGCGGACUUCACCCGGUUCCUGCGCGAGACCUACGCGCUCCCGCGCGGCGCGGUGGCGUCCCGGGAGCAGCCGACGCCGAACAAGAAGCCGCGGCUGCUGCUGAUCCACCGGGGCCACUACCGCCGGAUCACGAACGAGGCGGAGGUGGCGCGGGCGGCGGAGGCCGCGGGGUUCGAGGCGGUGGUGGCGGAGCUGGGCGGCGGCGACGCGGGGGAGGCGGAGCAGGCGCGGGUGGUGAACUCGUUCGACGUGGUGCUGGGCGUGCACGGCGCCGGGCUGACGAACGCGGUGUUCCUGCCGCCUGGCGGGGUGCUCAUCCAGGUGGUGCCGUACGGGAAGAUGGAGCACAUCGCGCGGGCGGAGUUCAGCGAGCCCGCCACGGACAUGGGGCUCAAGUACCUGGACUACAGCGUGAGCGCGGAGGAGAGCUCGCUGAUGGAGACGCUGGGGCCGGAGCACCCGGCGGUGAAGGACCCGGACUCCGUCCACCGCAGCGGCUGGGGCCAGGUCUUCGAGCUCUACCUCGCCAAGCAGAACGUCCACAUAAACGUCACCCGCUUCGCGCCGACGCUGGCGCAGGCGCUCGACCACCUACGCCAGCAGUAG